ACGACACGAUCCUAGACACACUUUAGUUCAUAUACAGGUGACCACACCGUCUUUUUAAUGAAUCCCCUCUGAUGAUCCUCCGACUUCUAAUAAAGAACCUCCCACUUAGAGGUUCCUGAUUUGCGGAUAGAAACUCCAGCCGCUUUGCCACACAGCCGGAGUUAGCAUCAACCAAUGUUAGCCGGCUUCCUCGUCGUCUGUAAUGUAAUGUGAAAGCGAAAAACCCAAGUGUUGGGAAUGCAGCCACCUCUUCCAUCUGACGCAGUCAGGGAGCUUGUGUGCUCCUGUCUUCACAGAGAUCCAGUGGCCGCAGACCUGCGCUGCAGUCUCUUUGUUGCAGCUGCACAGUGCUACAAAAGGGAUUCUUUGCUGAGACCCUUCCCACCAAGAUAUGUCAUUGGGGAAAACAAGGAUUUUGAUGAGCUAUUGACAGAUGUGAGCUCCUUGCCUGGUGUGAGAGACUUGGUUAGACUAAGAGCAGGAGAGGGAUAUCACCAUCUGGCUCUUGUCCAUUGGGUUCUUUCUUCCAAAAGUUUUGCUGUGAAGACACUGCAGAAAGAUGAGUAUGCCAAACUCUGCAGCCUGGCUGAAAACGACAGAAUUUGUACACCUGUCCCAGACUUCCUGUUUGAGCUGGAGUAUUGUGAUCAGAUGAAUGCUAGGUUUGAGAAGAUGAGGGCUGGCAGAGACAUCUUCUAUGCAUUCCAUGGAAGCCGCCUGGAGAACUUCCACUCUAUCAUUCACAAUGGGCUACACUGCCACCUUAACAAGACCUCAGUGUUUGGCGAGGGGACCUACCUCACCAGUGACCUCAGCAUGGCAGUCCUAUACAGUCCCCAUGGCAGCGGUUGGAAUGAAAGUCUCCUGGGCCAACUGCUCAGCUGUGUUGCCUUGUGUGAAGUCAUUGAUCACCCUGAUGUUAAGUGCCAGAUGAAGAGAAAAGACUCUGAGAUGAUCGACCGUCAGCGGUCAAGGGCAAGGAACAGCGAAGGAGGGGAAGUACCACAGAAAUACUUUAUAGUCACCAACAAUCAGCUUGUGAGGGUCAAAUACCUGCUUGUUUACUCCCAGAGACGACAUCUGUCCAGACGUUCUCGUGGAACCUCCUGGCUUGUCAGACACCAUUUUGCUGUAAUGAUGAGCCUCUACCUUCUGCUGCUCAUAUUCAUUGGUGCCUUUAACUCCACCACAUUUUUAUCCUUCUGGCACAGACUAUUUCGGUGACAGGAUGGAGACGCUGGGAUAUACCAUAUUUCCCGGACUGUUUUUUUUUUUUUUACUCGUCUGGCUGGUCCUGCGGUUUAUAUUCCAAAACAAUGUAAUUUUGCGGAACGAAUACGCUGCAUUUCAACUAAGGCCACUAGAUGGCACUGUUUAAUCUUGUGACUCAAUUGAGUAACAUGGUGAUGCGCAGGUCGGGCGGCUUCAGGUAAACUUACUGGAAACUAUCACAGGUUCGAGCAGGCAGGUCAGAAAGUGUGUAAGUAGCGCUCAGAGUAAACAUUGUGUGCAAUAGGCUUAGCUGUGCAUUACUAGUCCACCUUCUCUUCCCCUCUCUCUGUCACGCUUUCUCAAACACACAUGAAUGCAUGCAAGCAGCUUUAUCAUCAAUUUGCGAUGGUGGUUUUGUUCAUCCAUCCAUUAUCCAAACCGCUUAUCCUGCUCUCAGGGUCGCGGGGAUGUUGGAGCCUAUCCCAGCAAUCAUUGGGCGGAAGGCGGGGAGACACCCUGGACAGGCCACCGGGCCAUCACAGGACUAACACACAUACACACACACACACACAUUCAUACCAAGGGACAAUAUUAGUAAUGCCAAUUCACCUGACCUACAUGUCUUUGGACUGUGGGAGGAAACCAGAGCACAUGGAGGAAACCCACGCAGACACGGGUAGAACAUGCAAACUCCACACAGAGGACGACCCCCCAAGGUUGGACAACCCCGGGGCUCGAACCCAGGACCUUCUUGCUGUGAGGUGACUGUGUUAACCACUGUGCCACCCUGCCUCCUGUUUUUGGCCAAUGCAUACAUUUAGAGUGUUGAGGCUUCACCUACAAGUUUUUUCCCCUUUUGUUUUUGCUGCCAAAACUCUCUUUUUGGUCAGAAAGAAGAGGCGUGUGUGUGUGUGUGUGUGUGUGUGUGUGUGUGUGUGUGUGUGUGUGUGUGUGUGUGCGCGAGCGAGCAAGCGAGAGAGA